AUGAACUGGUUUCCGCUGGUGGGACAGAGACGGGACGGUGUCACCGGACGAGGAAUUGCCGGUCGUGGUGGCGUCGACAAGGCUGUAUCAUUGCCGUUGCCGGUGCACAAAGCACCAAGAGAUGGGGCCGUGCCUUCGCACAAGGUAGGACGCGAGUCGAAAUUGGCCUGUUGGCCAUCUCUGUGUAGCCAUCGCAGCCAGCCGGAUCGACACACAGGCACCGGGCUGCCUCGUGCUGCUGGUGUGUGCGAUGUUGACGUCCAGGCGGGCAGGGGCGAGGGUCAGAUAGGCUACGGAGCUGCCCGACAUGCCAGCCACAAGUCGAGGAGGCGUCCAAUACCAAAGGCGCAAUAA